AUGGCGAUGGAGUUACAGGAUAAUAACGGAGAAGGUUCAAGUUAUUCCUCACCACAAUUGUUGGACAAAGGAAUUGGCGAUGGCAUUAGCUCGAAAACUCUGGGAGGUUUCAGAACAUUACUGUUCAUCUUUGUAACUGAAAUUGGGGAGCGAUUCUCCUACAUCGACUUCCAUUCCAACUUGAUCACUUACCUGACUCAGCAGCUCAACCUGCCGCUUGUCUCCGCUUUCAAAAUCAUCACCAAUUUCAACGGCAGUAAAAACUUCACCCCCUUGAUCGGAGCUCUGAUCGCCGACUCUUUCUCCGAGAAUUUCAGGACACUCAUCAUCGGCAUCCUCAUCUUCCAGCUAGUUAUCAAAAUCCUUCCUCUCCAGCUGAAUCUAUAA